AUGCUGAAUUUCCGUAACGGUUUGCUUAUCCGCCUGCCCAGCUCUCUGACCGCCAGACGUCCAAAGUUGUACUGGUUUAUUCGAAACGGACAUCACUCACUUACGACGUCUUCGCUUUAUUGCCGAAAACUCCUGUCCCCCACUUUCUUCCGCUUCCUUGUGUUGUCACCGUAUGGCGCUCUUCUUUCUGUUCCCUUCCAAUUCAUCUCGUGCCCAGUCCGUGCGAUGUGUUCCGGUAGUUCUGAUCUUUCGGUAUCCAUUUUCCUGCAGAACCUCUGA